GAACCCUUUGUGGAUUCAAAGUGUCUGGUGAGUUCUGCUAUCUGGCAAAGAUUGCCUACAGUGAUUGUGCCCAGCUCCCUUCAGGCCCAGGGUGAGAGGUCUCAGGGGAAACUCAGCCAUUGUCACAGCAAUUGGAGUCAGAAUAGACUGCAUGUCUACUACAUUAUGAUUAACAGAUGUAAGGAAAGUAAUAGGAAAGAAGAGGUAAGCAGUUCAAACAAGAAUUCAGACAGGACAAAGCUGCUUUUAAAUAAUAUACAUACGCAACAAAAAACGGGAAGACAAAUAUAGAAAACCAGCACUGAUUGCAGCACAGGCUAAGACUAACCUCAAGUAUACAAAUAGUAAAAAAAAUGCAGGUUGAGAGGGUGGCUCCAUUAAAUAAUGGAACUAAAGCAAAAUAUGCUUAAUUGGUUAUUUUUUUUGUAUACAACAGAGGUGUAAAAAUGUCAACACCCAUUCAAUGGGGGCACAGAUAUCUCGGCUCAAUCAACUCGGUGGCUUACAUAGGAUGGUACAUAAAUGUUUACUCGAAAUUCAUGUGAACAAGGCACAAAGGUCUGAUGGAAUACACACUUGAAUACUUAGACAGCUUAGUUCCUUUUAGGCCAGGCCUUGUUUUAUCUGGUAUAGUACCAUAAUAAUUCCAAUAUUUAAAAAGAGAUCAAAAUCUCAGCCUGUCAAUUUUACACCUGUGACAUUUGUGGUGAUAUCUGAAGGUUUGUUAAGUCAUCCCCUUCAAGAUUAUGCUUUUGGAUUAUGUUAUUAGUAGUAAUCAGCAUUACUUAUAAAAGACAGGUCAUGUCAGACAAAUUUGAUUGCUGUUUGGAUGAGGUUAAAAGAAAGAUUGAUAGCAUGAUUACAGUUGGUGUAAUCUAUUUUAAUUCUGAUACACUGCCACAUAAACAACCACUUUCUAAACACAGCCCUUGCAGGAAAUUGGCUAUUUAAAAGGAGAAGGAAAGGUAAAAACGAGGUGCUUAGAGCCCCCCCCCUCCCCAAAGAUGUAAAAAGAUGUAUUUAAAACUGGUUAUAUGUAGUCCUCAUUAUUUACUAGUUUAAACAAAUUAGAUAACAAAAAAGUGGGACAGUUUAAAAAUAAAUGCUAAGUCAGUAAAUGCUCCACAUUUAACUGCAAUUUAAAAAAUUAAUGAACAGAAUAAUAAGCAAAAUAUUUAUUAACAAACAUAAAAGGCAGAACACUUUGGGUCAAAAUGAUAAACAACAGUCAAGACCAUUGGAUAGCCUAAUGCAGCAUUGUAAAAACAAGCCACAGAGGAAAUAGGGGGCGGAUUUACAAAGAUCAGUGCUAAAAUGCACUAGCGUUUCUGUCUAUUUCCUAGCCGAUAGUAGACUGAUCAAAACUAUGUUCUGGUUAGUUGCUUUGGGUGACUGUAUUUCUGCAAUUUAGCACCUGUUAAUAAAUGAGCCUUUAUAUGCACAAAUUUUAAACAGGUCUGCACAGUGAAAAGAAGUAAGAUUCACUUCUAUGAACUCUCCCAGUGAGAAAAACUAUUAAAACAGGAUUUUUAGGCACAUUAGCUGAAAGUGUCCAAUUUGUAAAUGUAUUUUUCUCCUGGCAACUUUCAAAGCCACUACUCAGGAUUAAAACUAGUUUAAUACCAGAAAUGUGCAAUGCUUUAUGCUUAGAGACCUACUAGCGAAAAUGUGUUAUAUAUUUUUAUAUUAAUUAAUUCUCACUAGAACACCUUCAAAAUCUUAGUGGCCUCCUCAAGCAAGUUUAUAUAUCUCAGGCUGGGAAAUUAGAUUUUAUUGUGCAUUACUUUCAAAAAAGCUAUGCAAUAGCUUAGCGCUAAACCCCAAACAAAAACAAAUUAAUGAGUAGCAGAUCAGGUUUUUUUCCCUGUGAUCAGGUUAAUGGCUGAUCCUGACAGUAUAGGGCCACAGACUGAUGCCAAUUAACACUUUUGCUGCCAAACAGUGGAAAACUUAAAAGUCUGACACUUGGUAAACAUAACUUAAAACAUGGGAGUAAAUACCUAAAUAAAGAGAAUGUGCAGGGUCGGACUGGGGGGUGCAAGGCUCAUCCCCCAAGGUGCCCCCGUCGGCUGCAUUUCUUGCAGGGGCCCCCGCUGUCCUCCCCUGAGCGCGGCCCACUAGGCCCGGCCAUGUUCAUACAUCCAUAUGCUAAUGUUUUCACACAAAUCUAUUUCAAGUAGCACAAACAAGUUUACAUGUUCCCAGUGGUGGCCCAUAUUUUAUGAUAUCUAGAUAUCUCUCUUAUGUCAACAAUUCAUUUCACCCACAGAACAACCUAAAUAACUCAGAGGUCAGAGGUGGCAAGAACCAUUCUAUCCAACUGGGCCCACCAACUUUUUUUUAUGGAAGAAUUUAAAAUCAGUAGACUUUCUCAAGAUGUCUCAUGUUGGCUUGCAACACCCCACCUCUGGCAAUAAAGCUUUUGGGCACCCCCCGGGCCGCUGGACAGACGUCCCCUCCGAUGCGCCAGAGUUGAAGCAAGUGGCCGAGGUGGCUGUGAGGGAGUUCAACAGGGGAAAUAAUGGCGAGGAGAUUUACCGGCAGAUUAGGGUUACCCAAGCCAGGAAAAAGGUUGUGUCUGGCCUAAACUAUGAUCUAACUCUCAUACUAGGACGCACCCAAUGUAAAAAGGGACAAGAUUUUCUUCUGGGCAGUUGUCUGCAAACUAUGUCCCCUCCCUUGAUGGGGGUAAAGUGCACUUUUUCUAUAUUAAUUGUCCCUUGGAUGAACGAGACAAAAAUCUUACAUCAGUUGUGUUCUCAGGAAAUUUUCAUAGUCGAAUUAACUGAUACAGAAACAUCUCAGAAGCAAAAUGUACCAUCAUCAGAAUUAGAGGAUGAAAUGUUAAAAACAUUGACACUUUUUAAGGAUUUUGUGACAACCUACAAUAAAAAAUACAGUGAUCAAGAAGAGGCAGCAAGGCGUUUACAGAUAUUUUCCCAGAAUCUGAAGAAGGCUCAGAUGAUCCAGGAGAUGGAUCAGGGAACUGCAGAAUAUGGUGUCACAAAGUACAGUGACCUCACUGAGGAUGAAUUCAGAAGUCUAUAUCUGAAUCCUCUGCUUUCCAGCAAACCCCUUUACCAGAUGAAGAAAGCUAUAGUUCCAAAUAUGUCUGCACCUGACCAGUGGGACUGGAGAGACCAUGGGGCUGUCACAGAAGUUAAGAACCAGGGCAUGUGUGGAUCAUGCUGGGCAUUCUCAGUAAUUGGUAAUAUUGAAGGGCAGUGGUUUCUGAAGAAAGGAUCUCUCGUUUCUCUCUCUGAGCAAGAGUUGGUGGACUGUGAUGGGGUGGAUCAUGCCUGUGCAGGAGGUCUCCCAUCAAAUGCAUAUGAAGCCAUUGAGAAGCUGGGAGGCAUAGAGACUGAACAAGAGUACAGCUACGAGGGUCACAAGAACACCUGUAGCUUCUCAACCAGUAAAGUAUCUGCCUACAUUAACAGCUCUGUAGAGAUUCCAAAGGAUGAAAAUGAGAUAGCAGCUUGGCUAGCACAGAAUGGGCCAAUAUCCAUAGCCCUAAAUGCCUUUGCUAUGCAGUUUUAUCGAAAAGGAAUUUCUCAUCCUUUCCGAAUUCUGUGCAACCCCUGGAUGAUUGACCAUGCUGUACUACUAGUUGGCUAUGGAGAACGUAAUGGCACCCCCUUCUGGGCUAUAAAGAAUAGCUGGGGAACAGACUGGGGUGAACAGGGUUAUUACUAUCUGUACCGUGGCACUGGAGCAUGUGGAAUGAACACGAUGUGCAGCUCAGCUGUUGUUGAUUAGAGCAGCUCUGCCGUACGGUUUUAGGGAAGAUAAAGAAGUGUUUAAAUACACCAAAAAUUGUUGUUUUAAGCUGUGGUAUUCUUUAAAAAAACACACAUAUUUAUAAAGCUCAGUAAUGAUUUUAUGUGAAUGGUAAAAUUCUAACAUAGAAAGAUAUUUACUUUUUACUUUUCUCAAUGCCAGAAACUUUCUCCUGCCUGAAUUUGUCUUAUUGAGUUAAAUGAGUUAUACCAGAUCUUGAGUGGUAUAAAAUAAUGACCUCAUUUUGGGUGUAAAAAAAUACACUCUUUUAUAAAUGUCAGUUACUUAUUUUUAAAUUUCCAGAAUUACAAUGCAUGACGUAAGGUCUGUUACAGAGCUUUAUAAAUAUGCAUGUAUUUUACACCAUCUCUUACAUCGACAUUUGGUAGAAAAUAUAUAAAACAGGAUUAUAUAUACAGCCCAGUCUUCCUCUUUGAUUGUAAAUGCAUAAUUACAACCCUUACCUGCAAAUCACAAACACAGUAUGCAGAUGUGUCGAUAUCAAGUUAUCAGUCGCUUUGGUUUGGGUCUUCUCGUAAGUACACUUAGAACACACUCAGCUGGUAGGUUAUUGUUCAUUGUAUAAGCUAUAGUUUGGUCUGGGCUCAGUCUAUUGGGGUAACAUGCAAUGAGAGGAAGAGAACUUCUCAAAGCAAUACAACAGGAACAACAAUGUACUUUUAGACUAGAUAUAGUUUAAUUUUCUGUAGAAAUGUUAAUAUGCCAUCAAACAUAUUUCUGAAAACCCUGCAAACAUUUUAGUGUAUUGUGUUUUAUUGUAAUUUUCUAGUUUUGCAGUUGACCUUCCUACUGCAACAUCUAUCGUACAAAUGAUGGCAUUCCCAUGUACUGUAGCUAAAAGUGAAUACUUUUAGAGAUUUUCCGUUAUAAACUUGGUACUCUACAUAUAUAUUUACAUAGCAAAUCAUAUGUAAAUAAAUCUUUUACGGGUAAAUGGAAUAAUGGUUUUAUGCUAAGGAAUUACUUGAGUGCAGAAAAUUUAAGGGAGUCAUACUCACAUCUUUAACAUUAAGAUUUAAGUCAGUUUUUCUUAUGUUGGUGAUUUAAACUUAAAUAAAUCAUCUCUUGGAAAGACAAUGGCUUGACAGUGUUGCAAGCGUCAGAGAUAUUACUUCAGUUCCUUUUUAAAGAUUAGUUGCAUCCACUAAAACUAUAAAAAUAACAGCUUCAAAGAGCAUUAGAGGGAACCUCAAUUCCAUUUGGCAGAAGCCCAAAUUGAUUAAGCUUUUGUUAAAAUGAAAGUGUAUGUUUCAACUUUAAAUGGUUUAAAUGGGAUUGUGUAAUUGGUACAUUGCUGCCAUAGCAUGUCAUGGGCAUUGUGAUUCAUGUGUCUUGUGUUGUUUUGCAAGUAACUUAACAAUCCUUUGUCUCCAGCACAAAAAGUAGUAUUGUAAGCUCUACGGGGAAAGGAUUUUCUAAGUUUCAACAUUUAACAGUCCUCUUCAGGUUUACAGUUCAUGUACAGUAUGGAACAUUAUACAGUAUUCUUACAUUUCCACUUGAGUGCAGAUUUUUACUGGUCUUCCCCUAAGUAAUAUUUUUCUGUUACAUGUCUUUGUGUCUUUAUCUGUAGCUGGAAUCAGAUUUCCUUUUAAAGGAUCCCAGUAUUUGAAAUUGCAUUCUGUGUAUGUGGAAAGCCAACGGAAGCCAAUUUACAGAUGAAUAUAUAUGAUUAUCCGGCAGUAAAUUACCUUCAACCUGAGUCAAACCUUUUGAGGUGCACAGAACAUGCUUUCUCUGCACUAUCAGACUUUAUCUUUCUCCUUUUUAGGGCUCUGGCACACGGGGAAAUUAGUCGCCCGCGACAAAAU